ACCAGGCAGGCUACUAUCGCUUUCCAGUGUUUGUUGAGAAAAAAAGAAACCCACAAAAAAAAAAAGGAACUCCUCUUCCUAAUUUGUUGCAUGCCUCUCCUCCUUAAACCUCCAAUCAACCAUGAAAUAAUCCAUUCAAUUCCCAGCUUCUCCUUCUUGUUGUAGUUGUAAUCCAUAGGAGGUUAUUUCUACUUGUUUCUUUUCCUUUUCUUUGAGGGUUAUGUGAAGAAGAUGUAUAUUGAGGAAAUAAAGGAAGGAGAUCAGUAUGAGAAUUCAUGUAGAAGCGUUGUCGUUUUGGAUGCAAAGAAAGUUUUGGUAGGGGCUGGAGCUCGUGCUCUGUUUUACCCUACUCUGUUGUACAAUGUUCUGAGAAAUAAAAUUGAAUCCGAGUUUCAUUGGUGGGACAGAGUCGAUCAGUUUAUAUUGUUGGGAGCUGUUCCGUUUCCUACGGAUGUUCGACGAUUGAAAAAACUUGGGGUGUCUGGUGUGGUUACACUGAAUGAAUCAUACGAGACUUUGGUUCCCACAUCACUAUAUCAUGCUCAUGAUAUAGAUCAUUUGGUCAUUCCGACGAGAGACUAUCUGUUUGCCCCUUCAUUUACUGAUAUAUGCCAAGCUGUAGACUUCAUACAUAAAAAUGCCUCUCUUGGGAGGACAACAUAUGUUCACUGCAAGGCUGGUAGGGGGCGCAGUACAACCAUUGUUCUCUGUUACCUAGUGGAACACAGGCAUAUGUUGCCCAAGGCUGCAUACGAGCAUGUAAGAUCUAUCAGGCCCAGGGUACUUUUGGUCUCUUCGCAAUGGCAGGUAAGGUUGAUAUAGCUUUCAUGUACAUCCUUCAUUUUAAUUCAAUGUAACCUUUCUAUGGAUUGCAUCACACACACACGUGUUACAUUUAUUCUCUGCCAAGGAAUCUGGACAAAGAAGAGCUAGAAAUUUCAAGCUUCACUCUAGAUCAAAUGACUUGGAUUGAGAGCGGACUCACGAUUUACCGACUUGGAUUUUGACCCUGUACCUUUUGUUCAUGGAACUAACUGUGAUCUGUCAAUCUGCCAUUUUAUUUUCAUUGCUUUGAAGUACAGUUGUCGUUU